UCCGCCGUAAAGCCGGCGCGCCCACGUGCGGCGACUUCCCACUGGGAACCUUGGUGUUUUUACGGUGGCCAGCUUGACGUUUCUGCUAUGGGCAAACGCCGGAGUCGCGGCCGGAGCCAGCUGCUCAGCACAAUGACCAAGAAGCAGAAGAAGCACCUCCGCGACUUCGGCGAGGAGCACCCCUUCUACGACAGGGUUUCCAAAAAGGAAGCAAAGCCACAGAUUUGUCAGCUGUCAGAGAGUUCAGAUACUUCACAUUCUGAAAGUGAAUCUGAGGAAGAACAAGAGCACAUUUCAGGGUACCACAAACUGCUUGCUACAUUAAAGAAUGUUUCUGAAGAGGAAGACGAGGAGGAGGAAGAAGAGGAGGAUGACAGUGCUGUAGCUGAUGAAGAAAUGAAUUAUGAAGAUGGUGAUGAAGAUGUCCAUGUGGAAGAAGAAACAGUGGAGUUGGCUGAGACACAUGAGCGUGUGUCUCCAGUUGAUGACCCAAAAGAAAAAGAUGGAGAGGAGCCGCCUGAUGGAUCACAGAAGUCCCCAGAGGAGUUCACAGAUGCGAAACAUGAGUCGCUGUUCAGCCUGGAAACCAAUUUUCUAGAAGAGGAUGGUGGAGGCAGUUCUUCCCAGAAAGCACCCCAAGAUCCAUUUCAACAACAUGUCAACAGAGAAUUGAAAGAAAAGGAAAUUCAAGCUGCUGCUUCAAGCUCUCCAACUACCCAGCAGCUGAAAUGGCCCAUCCUGGGACAGCUUGUCUUUUCAUCAAAGUUCCAGAAGAUGGAAACAUUUAAACCUCCAAAGGAUAUUGACCUAAAGUCACUUUAUCUUCAGAAGCCUCUAGAGUCCACCUGGAAAAAAACCAAUAGCCAGUUCUUAUCUGGUCCUCAGAAAUCAAAUAGCCCCUUUACCCCACUCCAGAAAGAGCUGUUCUUAAUUAUGAAUUCUUACCGAGACCUGUUCUACCCAGAGAGGACUGCCCUGAAGAAUGGAGAAGAGGUCCGCCAUGUGUACUGCCUGCAUGCCAUAAACCACGUCCUCAAAGCAAAUGCCCAAGUGUUGGCUAAUAACAGCAGGCACCGGAGCCAGAAGCUUGGGGUGGGUGAAGAUGAUGACUUCAGGGACCAAGGGCUAACCAGGCCUAAGGUGCUUAUAGUGGUGCCCUUUCGGGAAGCUGCUCUUCGGGUCAUCCAGCUCUUCAUCAGCCUCCUUGAGGGGGACAGCAAGAAGAAAAUCAUUGUAAGCAACAAAAAGAGGUUUCAGGGGGAGUAUGGAUCCGAUCCUGAGGAGAGACCUCCCAACCUGAAGAGGCCUGAGGAUUAUGAAGCAGUGUUCGUGGGCAAUAUUGAUGACCACUUCAGGAUUGGAGUGGCAAUACUUCAGAGGAGCAUUCGUCUCUAUGCCCCCUUUUACUCCUCUGACAUCCUCAUCGCCUCCCCCUUGGGCUUGAGGACCAUCAUUGGUGGCGAAGGAGAGAAGAAGAGAGACUUUGACUUUCUGUCUUCUGUUGAGCUUCUCAUCAUUGACCAAGCUGACAUUUACCUGAUGCAGAACUGGGAACAUGUCUUGCAUUUGAUGAACCACAUGAACCUGCUACCUUUGGACUCACAUGGGGUGGACUUUUCUCGAGUUCGCAUGUGGAGCCUCAAUAACUGGGCCAAGUACUACCGCCAGACAUUGCUCUUUGGUGCCCUGCAGGAUGCCCAGAUCAACUCUGUGUUCAACAAGCACUGUGUCAAUGCGCAAGGCCAGGUGGCUGUGAGGAAUGUCCCAGUGACAGGCUCCAUCAGUCACGUGCUGGUGCAGCUCCCACAUGUCUUCCAGAGAAUGGACGCCCAAGAUCUACCUUCAGUGAUUGAUGCCAGGUUUCACUUUUUCAUAAACAAGAUUUUGCCUCAGUACCGGGAUGCCGUCAUGUCCCAUACACUCGUCUAUGUCCCCUCCUACUUUGACUUUGUGCGUCUCCGAAAUUACUUCAAGAAGGAAGAGCUGAACUUCACACACAUCUGCGAGUAUACACAGAAGUCUGGGGUCUCCAGGGCUCGACACUUCUUCCUUCAAGGAGAGAAGCAGUUUCUGCUCCUCACAGAACGCUUCCAUUUCUACAAAAGGUACACAAUAAAAGGCAUCAGGAACCUGAUAUUCUACGAAUUGCCAACAUAUCCUCACUUCUACAGUGAAGUCUGUAAUAUGCUGAGAGCCACCAGUAGAGGAGAGGAGGCCACGUGGACCUGUACUGUGCUCUAUUCCAAGUACGAUGCCCAAAGGUUAGCCGCUGUGGUUGGUGUCGAGCGGGCGGCACAGAUGCUCAGGUCUCCAAAGAAUGUCCACCUCUUUGUCACCGGAGAGAAAUGAGUGUGGAGCAGGACAGUCUGCAUCGAUGAGCCACGUAGACCUGAUUCUCAUCACUUCCCCAGGAGCAAGCUCCAGACACACUGAAGUUCUGUGUCCCUGGGAAGUGCAUUAUAAUUAGUGUUGGUGACCACAACUGCCAGAUCCAAGAGCAAUCUGCAAAGACUGUCACAUUCAGAAAUGAAGCUUGUGUUUGUCAAACAUGUAAGCUGUAAAUUCUCCAAUUAACUUUUUACAUGGGGAGGAUUCUCUGACCUGCUCUCCAUUCUCUCAAAGCAUUGGUAGUGUUGUUUGUGAGGCUGGCCAAGAGAGUUGGCGACGCCUACUGAUGUGUCGUCUCGGUCUUGGCACACGUCCUGUGGAACUGCCUUUGCAGCCAAAGUAAAAAAAUAUAAACAUUCUAAUCUAGAAGAGUACAUUCAUCACUGAUCUUUUGAAAUUCCUCACGGUGUUUUAAUAGCUAACACAUUUACAGUCAAGUUAUAUAAAGCAGCGUUUAUUUCUGCAGUUCCAGAAACACCUUUUAGGACCCAUGUUUGAUGCCUGUCCUUAUUGCCACUGUCUCUUGUUGCUUUAGCUGGUUUUCAAGUCAUGUAGCAGGUGAAAGUGAAAAGGAAGUCAUACUUUGAAACAUUAAAAACAUUAUUUUAAGCUUUAUUAUAAAAACAAAUGCCAUUGCAAACAAAGAACCAUCACAGAUGACUGUUGCUUCAGGUAACAAGGAAGAGUGGAGCCUGAGCCGACGAGGUUGUUGGCAGUUGCCUGCCAACCUCACAGGCGUGUGGCCCCAUCCCUUUGUGUGUUCACGUGAGCGAGUCUUGUUCUUUGGGACCUCAGCACGGCCUGCCUCGAGUGAUCAAACUGCUGCUGCUGCCACCAGAUCCCUGGCUCCACUGGAGCCUUAACCACGUGUACCAGCCUUGUUCUAGACAGCGAGAGGACGGGGCGGGACUGCAGGCUCCCGGUGGACCUGCUGUGUCCCAUACUCGGAAACACAGUUUCCUAUGGACUGAAUUGACCGUGACGCUCUGAGGCCAGGAACUCCCUCAGAUGUUUCUUAGGUUAGAUUAAAUGGCACUUGUGGCAGGAGCCUCACCAAUCCCCAUUACUGCCAACCCGACUGACCACUUGUCUAAGACAGGAUUUGUCAGACUUCACUUUAAAGUGAAAAAUUAAUUUCUACUUUAUUCUUUUUUUUUUUUUUUUUUUUUUAGGUAGAGUAUCCACCCCAGGCUGGCCUGGGAUUCAUGACAAUGAACACUGGAAUCACAUGGCUUGAGCCACCAUGCCUGGCCUUCACUUUAUUUUAAAUCUAUAGACAUGCUUCCUUUUUCAUUGAAUGGGUUACAAUCUUGCCAUCAUUAUUUUUUCAGGAACUACCCUGGUCUCAGAUAUGACCAGUAGGAUCACCUUCAAGCUGGAACCUGUGUCCUUCUCACUUGUCCCCUUCUACUUAGGGAUCAGGGAUUGUUGUAUUUCCUGACAGGGCAUUCAAGUUUCUCUAUUUCAAGCCCCAUCUGUGGUGAGGACAGUAAUGUGUGUCCUGGGUCUUGUGUUUAGGUUCAGGUUGCUCAAGAAGACCUUGACGUCUUAAUAUUCCUUCCUCCACCUCCCAUGUGCCACUAACACAUCUGGCUGUUUGUUGUCCUCAAGGCUGUUGGUUGAGAGUUUUGUUUGUCUUGUGUUUUUAAUUGAUUGAUUGAUUGAUCCAUUGAUUAAAUUACAGUGCUUGAGAAUCAAACCCAGGCCCUUGCAUGCAAGUCCCCAACCCUUGUAUUUUUGAGACAGGAUCUUGCUAUGACACUUAAGACAGCCAUGGCCUUGUGGCCCAGGCUAGCCUCAACCCAUAACCCUCCUGCCUCUGCCUCUCAGUGAGAAUCACAAACCCAGCAGCUCUGCGUGCUGGGCUCCUGCUGACCUUCCCUGCCAGCCCCAGACUUUUCAUCAGAGCUUCGGAAUGUUUGUCUGAAUGUGCAUGCAUGUGUGAACACACACAAACAUUGAAAUUUACUUCUUGUCCGCAUAUUAGAAACUGUGAAUUCAGAUUAGUGUUUCUAUUUCCAGUGUAUGCUGCAGGGUUCCUUCUGAGUGAUUUCCCCUGUCCUCAGAGACAAGCCACAGUGGGUACAUAUUUUCUUAUUCUUGUACAUACUUAAAGUUUCUUAAAACAGUAAUGGCUUGGCAGAUAAAGGCACUUGCUACCAAGCCUGGGAAUUUAAGUUCUAUUCCCAGAACUCACAUGGUAGGAGACAAACAACUCCAACAGUUAUCCUCUGACCUCCACAUGGGUGCCAUGGUACCUCACCACACACACACACACACAUACACACACAUACACACACACAUACACACACACACACACCACAGAUUUAUUUAAAAAAAAAAUUUUUUUUAAAGUGAUGUAAUUUGGGGCAGUUUUUAUGCUAAAUAGGCAUUUUGAUUUCUCAGCAUAAGCAAAACCAGUUAUUCCAGAUUGAGUUCUAAAUUUCAGGAUAUUUAAAUGAUUGAUAGAAGCCAACCAAACCCAAGCAAGUACGAACUUCCUGGAUGUACAGAUCUCCCUGUGGUUAUUGGCGUCUGUGUGCCACUGUUUGCCGUAUUCUUCAUUAAUUAUGAGAAAGGAAAUGUUUGUUGCUUUGUUGAAAACCGUGAAACAAAAGAACCAUAAUUCCUCAGGUCUGUUUGCACAGACUUCAUGUGAACUGCAGCUCACAGGACGGAUUGUUGUAACUUCCGAGAGUGCGUGGACUGCCGAGAGCUGGUGUGAUUGAUGUAAGAGAUGACAUCACAGCGAUGGAGGAGUGGCCCUCAGACAGCAGCCACGGUGAUCAUGUACACUAGAACCUACCUUGCCAGUCUUUCCAGUCUUCUGAUUAGAGACAUCUCCCCUCUCCCAGUGUCUAACUUGGUAGUUCUUAGGCAGGCUCAUUUGCAGCCCACAAAGUCUGGAGUGAUCCCAGGCCCAGGAAGGCAGGGCUUAUCCAGAAAGUGAAACUUUUAGACUCCGCAUAGCCAUCACAGCUACUUUGGCACUUUUCUUUUUGAGGAAAAAGACUUUGAAUCGUGACCGCUGCUCACAGCUGGCUGCACCAUAUGCAGUGUUCAAAACAAGAACAGGCUAAUCACAGAGUGCCCACAGCAGAGAUUCAGCCCUCUGCCUGCUUCCAAAGGGCUUGUAAUUGAGUGCAGAUGGCCCAGGCAAGAUGGGGGGGUACAUGUCCCUGAUGACUCAUAGCUCAGAGGACCAAGGGGUUGGUUUCCAGAAGCUUUGAUGCCUGAUUGUACCCCUUGUGUGGUAAGGAUACGGCUGCUGAGGGUAAGGUAGAGCAGAGACAGGUUGUGCUCAUGCUUGCUGACUGCCUUCUGCUGGGCCUCCCUGGGAUCUGUCUUCAGACAGCUCAGGUUUAGAUUUGAUGGGCCUAGAGUCUCAAGAUGGGGAAAGAAAGCAGGACGGGGAAGUUCUUUACACCACCUGAAGAGCCUUGAUGUGUUAGCUAUAGAUGGCUGUGAGGUGCUGGAAGCUUCCAGAAAGAGUGCUUUGGAAGCCACGCUCUUCAGGGUACGUCCUCUGGAGUCUGAGGCCUCUAGCUUUCCUGCCCUUCCACCCCUUUUCUAGAUGCCUAUGAUUUGUGUUUAGUGUAAAUGCCUCUAUGCCUCUGGCCACACUACUGUCAUUCCUGUGGGACUUGGGAUCAUGUAAGAGGACAGAGCUCAAUCUCAGAAGCAGAUGGUGGCCAUCUCAAGUAGUGGAGUCCUGGUACUGAGAAGUCAGGGCUAGGCUUGGAAUGCCAUAAGCAACUCUUUGUUCUACAGAGAUCUGAGCCUGUGCUGGUGGGCAGCUCAACCUGACUGUCCCCUCGCUGCUGAGGUAAGCAUCCUGCUAGCCUGCUCUCCCAAAGGCCUACAAGUCAGAGGUGUCCUGACCAAGUCAUUGUGGUCAUUCUUGGGCCUCUGCGUUUGGCUGACCAUUUGGGCACCAUGGCCUCAGCUGACAUCUGACUAUUCUAGAGCUGCCCAUCUGCCUUCCUGGCUGAGCAAGGCCAGGAAUGACAGGGGUGUCCAGCAUCCUGCCAUCUUUGUCCUCAUUGAAUUCUGUUCUUCUCUCCAGCAAGGUCAUGCAGGGUAAGAUUUUCUGGGCUCACAGCUACUCUGUUCAUAGACUCCUAUUGGUUAGACUUCUUAGUCUUUGUUCAAAGUCAGCCUGAAGGCUAGGGAUGCUCACUUUUGUCUGAGUCUCCUGGAAGCCAGGGACCCUCACUCUGGAGUGAGUCUCCUGGUGUUGGAUGGUGUAGCACCUGACACACUGUGUACAAGUCCAGUUACUGCUGGGAUUUGUGUUGGGUUGGUUUUUGCUUUUUCCAAAGGUCUUGCAAUGCAAUAGAAGCACCUUCACUGAGCUGCAGUCCCAGCCCUACUUACCAUCAUGGAGUAGGGAACAGUCUGCCCUAUCCUUAAGAGAGGGUGAAAGUGGAGGAUACUCUCUGCCCUUCAUCAGAACCCAGCUUUAAUGGGUGAAAUAGUAUCCAGUGAAAACCUACAUUUCCCACCACCCUUCUGGUGAUUAGAUGGGCCCAGGGAGACAAAGGCGGAGCCCGCUGGGAGAGUGCUUCCCAAUGGAGGGGACACCCAGGACUUUGUCUUUCUUCACCUACCAGGACUAAGUAAAGGCUGAAACUCUGCAAGUCAAGUGUUCUGCAUAGCGAUGCUGCAGAGGGCAGCUUCCAUGCAGUCCUUCGUAGUCCCUUCACUUUACAUGAAGGCCUGCACUGGGACAGUGUUCCAUGAUGGUUGCCUGACUGCUACCAGCAGCGCAGAGUUAACACUGCCAAGUCCCAGGGCCUUCACUUCGGACACCCCCAGUGCACACUGUACUGUAAGGAUGGGGGAGGGGCUGGCAGACAUGAUCCUAUGGGGAUUAUAAAAAGGAUGUCUGGGUUGUCGCUGAGUAGUGGCUUUAAGGACCUCAAAUGUUUCCAAAUGGUGUGCUCUGUCUGACUGGCUUUUCUAGUCAGCAGUGCUGCGUGGAAAUGCUCUGAGUCUCCCUAGUCCUUGUCCUGUUUCUGAAGCUGCACUCAGAUCUUUCUCGCCCUCCCAAUAACCCUCUGUUUAAAAAUAGCUACCCUGUCCAUGAGCCUAGUUUUCUCCAAGGCAAUUAUUCCGACUUCCUUCAAGACUUUUUUCUGAAAAGUAUGUGUUGCUUUUAGUCUUUUAAAAGAGUAAUCCGUGCUCGAUCAAAACAAGCAAACAAAAAAAGUGAAACGACCCAGGCAUUUGUGCCCUAGGCAUAAGGAUCCUGAUUACAUGGCCAGCCUGGUCUGUAUAGUGAGAUCUUGUCUCAAAACAACCAAAAUCAAUAAAGCAAACCAAA